AUGGCUGCCCCACGGGCUCCUGGGGCCUUGCCUCGGAGUCUGCGGAGGGCAGUGAAUGGAGCCGUCCUGAGUGACCGGCGGCGGGCGAGGGUCAGUGCUGCAGAGGCUCCAGCGGCUGGGCGCCUCCUGGGGAUGGGACUUGGGAGGCCUGGCGCCAUGGCCUGCAAGUGGUUCAGCGGGGCCCCUUUCGGGGUUCAGAGCGCCAGGUUUGAUGUUUCUGCUGUUCAUCCCAACCGGAAGAAGUUUAGCACCUUCACUGAGGCCCCAUACUCCAGACAUUACUCCGUGGGCGUGUCCCACAUAGGACCUGGGACCUACAGCUCCAAGGAGACAUGCUUCAGCAAUAAGAAACUGAGCAAGGAGGUGGACACAGGCUGGGCCAAGGCCCAGGAAGCCACCCGGCUGACACAGCUGCCCCACUUCCAAUACCAGGCCCUCAUGAAAGAGAAGCAGAUGCAGAAGGAAAAGCUGGGGCCUGGCUCCUACAACUUCAAAGACUUCUUGGAACUGUUGAAACAGAAGCCAAGCAGCACUCGGGGACUGCUCAGUUCUGGGGAGGUCCGCUUCCGAGGAGUCAUUGGGAACUGCUAUCCAGGUCCUGGGCAUUAUGGCGAGAAGGGCAACCCAUACAUGAGACUGGAGAGGAAGGCGUGGAAACGCUCCCAUUCCGAGGGCCUCAUGUGCAGGAUGGCCAACAAGCCACUCCCCUUGACUCAUCAGGGAAGUGGUCUGGGACCAGGGACCUACUUCUUAAAGAGUGGCAUUGAGAUGUACCUGGCACAAAGAGUCGGUACCCGAGGCCCUUAUGACACUUUCACAGGAGACCGGAGCAAGCCCCAGCCUUAUGGACAUUACUCUGUACAGAAAAAAAAGCCGAGGGAGCUGGUGAAUUUUAAGAGCUUUGUGGAUGAACUGAACUCCCAUCACAAGAAGAAGCAUGGGGUGUUUUCAAAACUUCCCCGCAAUCCCAACACUCCUUCUGAGAGGAUCUACUGGGCCACCCUUAGCCAGUGCCCCCGCAAACUGGCCACAUCCGGUCCUGGCAUGUGGGUUCCUCGGGAGGAGGAGAGUAAGAACGUCAACCCACCUCCCUUCCUGAUGUCUUCAAAGCGGAUGAGCACAAAGGCCUUCCAGAUGACGAUGGGGAGCUGGAACCCUGUGGGUGUGGGCCGCUACCUCAACACCUGGCUGACGGAGACAAAGAACAGACGGCAGCGAUACCGAUCUCUGUACAUGUGUGAAUCUAAGCGCUACCUCUCAGACCCAGACUGGGAUAUGGUUCUGCAGUAA